AUGCUACAAUUUACAACAUCGGAGCGCAAUAAACCUGUUUUAAAUUACAACAGAAACCAAUAUACUCUUAAAAGAACAGGUGCAACAACAAAUGAGUGGAGAUACCAUCAGCGAAAAUGUUCUAGUAGUUUAUCUCUUACAUCUAACAACACGAUUGUCUUUCGUACACCUUCAGCUCAUUCAUGUGAAAAACAAUAUGCUAGUAAACAAAUUAUUGAUGAAGCAAUACAAAGAAUGAAAAAACGUGCACGAGAAGAAACAACAACAAUUCCAAAGAUAUACACAGAAGAGCUGAUUCGAACUCGUCUUGAAAAUCCUUCAAUGGUGACUGGUAUUUCACAUCCUGAUCUUCGUAGUGUUGAUUCAUCAUUGUAUCGCCAGCGUGCGCUUAAUUUUCCUCGAUUACCAAAUGAUCUCUAUAAUUUUAAAAUUCCUUAUGAAUGGACUUUAGGUUUACGUGCUGAACCAUUCUUGUUGAUAGAUGAAUUCUAUGAUAAUAAUAAUCAAGAAAGAAUGCUAAUUUUUGCUACUGAUUGUGAAGGUUUCAUGAUUCCAUGUGUUUAUGCACUUACUACUAGAAAAGAUCAAAUAACUUAUAGUAAACUUUUUCAUCAUAUUAUAACACUUGGUGAAAAUAGACAAGGAGUACGUAUGAGACCAACAAAUUCAACAUGUGAUUUUGAAAAAUCAGCAAUAAAUGCUUUUAAGCUUGUUUUUCCAGGUGCACAUGUGAAAACAUGUUUUUUUCAUUUUUGUCAAAGUCUAUGGAGGCAAAUUAUUGAUUGUUCUCUCUCUAAAUAUUUUAUUCAUCCUGAUGAUAAUGAUAUAACAGAUCAAGAACGUAAAAAUGCUAGUUAUUGGUUUAAUGGUGCAAUUGGUUUAGCAUUAAUACCAUCAGAAUUGAUUCAAAAUGUUUGA